GACAAGCUAAAAAGAGGCUGCGAGGCAGAAAAGAAAAAGUACAGAGCAAAGAAGCACACAAGCUUCGGCUGUGCCUCAGACAAACUAGCCAGACCAGAAUUAGCUUAUCAUGGUUUUUUCCCGGAACUCUAUGUCCCUAGGGUGCCAGUUAACCCCUGGACGGACAAGGACAGAACUCGAAUUGGUUAAUUCUGGUCCCGGGACCCAUCACACCACCCCCCCAAAAUCAAGCAACGGCAUCCACCGACCUUCGGACUCCGACCGGCUCUUGGAAGACCUGCCCGGCCUUGUCGUCUAUCCAUCGUCAACGUUUUUAUAACCGGUCUACGUCGCCACUCCUUUCACAUUUGCCUUUGCCUGGCUCUUUAAAUACAGAACUUCAACUUACGCACCCUUCAACUGCUCAUGAACGUGUUAGUGAGGCUCUCACUUCACCGAUAUACAUACAACCGACACCGGUACAACAUCGUCAACGCAACAUAGGAGACAACUUCCUGGAGUGGAUCACUUCCCCUCCCAGUUCACCGCGUCUCCUACGAUAUUACAUCACAAACAACUGUGAAUAUCUUCAAAAAAAAAAAAAAAAAAAAGUACUGCCAUCAGCAACGCCGCUCCUGGGUUUUGACCUCAGCCGCAUUUAGCAUUUACCCAACGGAAAUAUACAGCACCAUUUUUGCCAACCAACCAUGGUUCAAUUAUUGGCUGAUCCCGCAUUCUCGCCCGCUGGAACACCAACACACGAGGGCACUAAUGGGCCUCUCAUGAAGCGUCCUGGCCUUGGCAGGACUGACUCUUCGACGCCAAUGACCAGGGAAGAACAUGCCAAACGAAUGCAGGAGCUCAACAAGAAGAGAGGAUUGAUGAGGGCACCCAGAAGAGGUUGGUCAAUGACUGACUACCAAGGCGACCAUGUUGCCGGGUCGCAUUCGGGUGCUUCUCACAUUGAGCGACAAGCACCCAUUCCCGAAAAUGAGUCGCCUCCUCCAUCCACGCCUUACCAGCACUCAACUCCCGAAGUACCAGCCGAGGAUAAAGCGGCCCAACUUCCUCAUCGACCGAAGUUGCCUCCUCCUCGUCGCUCAUACUCUGUAAUGGAUUAUGAACCAGUUCCUCAGACACAACCACAGCCCCCCAAGGAUCACACACUGCUAGAUCUUCCUUCUGAGCUUCAUUACACCAUAUUCGAUCACCUUGAUCCCAUUGACAGCGUUUGCUUCGGCCUCACAAACUCCAACUUCUACGAAAUUCACCGACGACUUCACGGCACAGUUCCUCUUUCCAGCCGCUACUCUGGACCAAACGACAUGGAGUGGGCUUGGCGAGGAGCUGGCCCACUUGUCCAUCGACAUGAGCGAAACCCUGAAAAGGAGGAUCCUAUGGGGCAGAUGCGUGUCAAGGGCCAGGUGUACUGCAGAAAGUGUGGCAUUUCGCGAUGUGAGCUGCAUCGUCACCUCAAAGACUGGAUGGGUGACGGUUAUGAGUACUGCUCCAUCAAGGAGAUUUUUGGCAAGCCCGCAGGAGAGGAUGCAAAGCCAUACUGCUACAUGAAGUCGCCGAAAAACCCGCACCGAUGUGGACGCCACGGAGGAAAGCAGGGUACAUCAUAAUGAACCUAGACGACAGAAAAUUAAGAUAAACGAUAUGAUACAACAACUCACCCCCAUGGGGGUAUGACGAGACGAAAGCAAAGACCAAGCAAGACAAAGACCUGGAUCUGCUUAAUUUUUUGGGACACCUAUAGGAGCGUUACUGUUUAAAGAACUUUUGAUUUCAGGGUUAUUCUCUCUUGAGAAGUGGGCAUUUUGGAUAAUGGAUGCUGCGUUUUAGUCAGAUCAUGGACAGCAAACAUCAGGAGGGGUGCGCACCAAAAAGGAAAGUGCGGAAAAGAGCUUUCUCAUAUCAUAACAUGACGCAAUGAAAACAUUUCUGAUAUCAUGAGCGUGUCUUAUCGUUACUCCGAGGUCGAUGAGACCGUGUUGCCUUAUUUACACAGAUAUCUGGAAAUACUGUGGAGCAGGAACACUGCUAGAUAUCGAUCUACGGUAAUAAUUACCCCUGUAGUUAACUUCAGACGUCAUGGACCACUGUUCUCGACAUACACACUUCGUCAUUGAACUACUGGAGCUUACAUCUGAUAAUCCAAUUAGUAUGAUGGAAUAGAUCGAGAACAUCUAGGCGAAGGGAAUGCCAUUCAAGCUGUUACUAGUAAUACUGCCUGUGGGCUUGCUAUUGUCAGGAUCAGGGCAAAAGGGAAAAUAGACACCACGACACUCAGAUUUAUCAACUUUACAAUGUCACAAGCAAGGUCAACUUUGUAAUGCUUUUGUUUUUAUACACCUGUCAGCUUACUUCCAAUAAUUCUUUCAAAGUCGUUGUGUGCACAAGGAGCUAUUGAUAUGAAUCUGUUUCCGCCAUAUCUCUUUGUCUAACAGUUGUGAACCUGAUCUUUGCUCCUCUGGCCUGCUCUACUCUAAUCUGACAGAUCAUGCAACAAUGCGCCGACCCAAUACCCAAAAAAAAAAAAAAAAAA